UCAAAUAACAUCAAGUAGUCUAUGAGUAAUAUACCAACAGAAAACACCGCUCUAGAUAUUUCAAAAACCAGAAUCCAAAAAAAUACCAGCACAGAAACUGUAAAUAAAUUCCGAAUUUUCGAAAAAAUCUAUUUGGUCAACAAACAAAAAAAAAUAAUGGAAGUCGAGAAGGCAUCAGGAGACUAUAGCAUCGUGGUCAGUGUGGUCCUGACUCUGUUCGUGGUCCUCCUGUCCUACGCCUACGCCUAUCUUUUCGAUCUAAAGAGCAAAAAAAACGAGCAGGGAGACAUCAAGAAGCUAUUUGCACCCAAAGAGCUGCCCGAGCUGCCAACCGUCAAGCUCACUCUGGACCUGCUCCUGGGGUUCGAUGGGACUCGCAGUGAUGGCAGGAUACUGGUGGCUCUCAAGGGGAAGAUCUACGACGUGUCCAGUGACUUGCAGGAGUUCGGAUUGGGAGGAACUCUCAGCCAAGUGGCUGGAAGGGGCUUUACCAACAAUCUCAACCACAUAAUGCGAACGAACCAGACGGAGAUCAACUAUGUGGACCGGUGGGAGGCCAUCUUAGAGACGAACUAUUCGUGCGUGGGUUAUUUAAUCGAUGAACAGGGCAACCGAUUAAUCGAAAGUGCCAAAGUUAUCGAUGAAAGUCAUGUCGAAGAUGUUAGUGAGGAGCAAGAUGCUAGUGAGGAGCAAGAUACUGAAGUGGUGGAGUCUGAAACGGCAGUCCUCGACAAGAUGUUGAAUGAGUUGUUGGAGACUGAACCGCUGGUCCAGAAGACCCUAGAGAGUCCUUUUCCAGAUGAUCCAGUUGGCGCAGCUACCUCUGAAAGUGCCUAGAAUUUCUAAACCAAUUCCCAUUUAAAUUUUGAAAUAUUUUCUUACACGCUUUCCUACACGUUGCUUUUCGUUUUUGCUAAAAUUAUUAAACCAGAAGGUAUAGCUAUCGCCUAAAAAUAAAAUAUAUAGUAUCUCA